AUGAAGACUCAAACCCUCGCCCUUGCGGCUUUGGCCACCGGCUUCCAGCUUGCUGCUGCCACCGGAUGGGCAGACAAGUCUAGCUUUUCUUGUCCUUCAAACACCAACAAUGAGUGCUCUUCAACUCAAAAGAGCGGAUGGGAUUUCAGCGACCUCACGUCUGGAUCUUUCAGCAACUAUGACGAUUUUUCCUUCUCUGGAUUCACAUGCUCAAACUCUUUCGGCAAGCGUGAUAACCCAAAGUUCCCAAAGAGAACUUCCGGAAAAUGUAUCUCUGGUACAGCUUCUUCAGACCAUGGCUCAUGCCCUCAAUUUUCCUGCGGUAGCUCCUCCAAAUCUGGCUCUUCUACAUCUGGAUCUUCCAGUGAUAUCUCCGCCUUCUCCAUCUCCACCGUUCACGUAACUACUGAGUUCGAUUGUGAUUUGGAAUUCCACUAUGGUAUGGGUGAUGGAUCUACUUGCAAGCAAACUUCUAGUUGCUCAAGCGGAGGUUCCAUCAUCUCCAACUCUCAAUGUGGUGGUGCUAAGAACGUCACCGUUGUUUACUCUUCCGCAAGUCAAACACAUACUGCCGCUACUGGUAAGGCUUCUUGCAGUGUUGGUAUUAGCUCCGUUGGAUUCGACUGCAGCUCGGCAUCUACCACUCAACACCCAUCUACCACUGCUAGUGCCAAGACCUCUGUCAAGACUACAUCUGUCAAGACAACCUCCAGCGAAUCUUCCAAGCACACUUCUGUUGAAUCUUCCAAGACUACUUUAGUUUCAUCCAACAAGGUUACCUCAGUCAAGAGCACUCCUUCCGCCACCGGUACUUCAUACACUCUUGUCGGAACUGGUUCUACCAAAUCUUCGAUCAUUGGAACUUCAGUUAAGCCAAGCUCAAGUGCCGAGACUAUUGUCAAGACUUCAGUUAAGCCAAGCUCAAGUUCCGAGACUAUUGUCAAGACUUCAGAUAAGCCAAGCUCAAGUGCUGCCACAAGUAUCAUUGGAACUUCUGUUCACACUUCCCCAGCCGGUACCGCUCCAGGAGCCUCUGCCUCUUCUAUCAUUGGUACAGCCGUCACUGGAUCUGGAUCUUCAUCUGUUGUCCAAUUGACCACUUCUACCAUCUACGCUACCUCUGUCUCUACCAUCAUUUCUUGCGCCGAAACUGUCACCGACUGCCCAGCCAGAUCAACUGCUUUGACCACCGUCGUUAUUGCCGUUUCUACCACCAUCUGCCCAGUCACCGCCACUGAGGUUCCAGGUUCAUCCGCUGCUUCUUCCAUCAUCGGUACAUCCGUUGUUUCUUCCCCAGCUGCAUCUUCCCCAGCUGCAUCUUCUCCAGCUGUCUCUUCCCCAGAUGCUUCUUCCCCAGCUUCAUCUGCUGCUUCUUCCAUCAUCGGUACAUCCGUUGUUUCUUCCCCAGCUGCAUCUUCUCCAGCUGCAUCUUCCCCAGCUGCAUCUUCUCCAGCUGUCUCUUCCCCAGGUGCUUCUUCCCCAGCUUCAUCUGGUGCUUCUUCCAUCAUCGGUACAUCCGUUGUUUCUUCCCCAGCUGCUUCUUCCCCAGCUGCCUCCACUGCCCCAUGUGUCUCUUCCGGCGCCCUUCUCUCUGGUCAAACUGCUUGCCCAGUUUCUUCAGGAUCCGCUCCAUCUUCCUCCAAGGCUUCUUCCAUUAUCGGUACAUCUGUUGGAACUGCCCCAGUUUCAUCCCACGCAACCACUGGCGCGACCAGCCUUGCUACAACUGCUUACACCACCGUUAUUGUUCAAGAAUCGACUACCAUUUGCCCAGUUACCUUGACCCACACCACUGGAGGAGUUACCAGCUUUGAGACCACUUCGACCACCUCUACUGUUCGCUCUUCAUCCACAGUUGUUACUUCCAGUGUUAUUACUAUCACUGCCCCAGCCAGUGCCGCUUCUUCAACUGUUCAAGGUGUCACAUCUGUGCCAGCUCCAAGUGCUACUAGCGUUCAAACCACUGCUUACACCACUGUCAUUGUUCAAGAAUCGACCACCAUUUGCCCAGUUACCUUGACCCACACCACUGGAGGAGUUACCAGCUUCGAGACCACCUCAACUACCUCUACUGUCCGAGCUUCCUCUACUGUUGUCACUUCCAGUGUUAUUACUAUCACUGCUCCAGCCAGCUCAGUUGAAGGUGUUACUACUACCGCUUCUGCCACUACCCCAACUGAAACCGCUGCAUGCCCAGAUGUCUUGCCUCAAUGCUUGAACACCUGGAUGUACUUGGUCGGUUGUGAGUCCAACACUGAUUCAGACUGUUACUGCCCAGAUACUGCAUUCAUCAACAGCGUCUUUGGAUGUGUUUCUGCAUAUGGUGUUUCCUCAUCUGACAUCGAUGCUGCUCAAAAGUACCUCCAAGGUAUCUGUGCUGCUCACGUCUCUACCAACCCAGCUAUCGUUACUGCUGCUUCUACCGUCUAUGUUCCAGCUGCUUCCAGUGCCGUUGCUACUUCAUCUGUUCAAGGUGUCGCUUCUACCCCAGUUACCACUGUUACUCUUAGCACCACUUUGGUUGUUCCAUGCACUGAAUCUACUGGUUCCCUCUCUGGAUCAGUCAUUCCAUCCUCAUCCACCACAACCACUAUUUCCACCGCUAUCACUGUUCCACAAGUCGCUUUCUCCACUGCUCCAGCAGUUGGAUCGGCAACUGCUAGCGUUGCUCUUAUCCCAGGUACCGUUGCUGCAUCCCAAGCCGCUGGAUAUACCACCUCUGCUCCAUCAAGCACCACCAAGGUUGUUUCCGGUGUCGCAGGAGCUACCAACGUUCCACCUGCCGCUACUACUUCCGCCUCCGUUCCAUUCACCGGCAGCGCCAUCAAGAGCACUAGCAGCUUUGGUGGACUCAUCGCCGCUGCUCUCGUCGCAAUCUUUGCUUUGUAA